AUGGAAUCAAAACUCAAGGCUCUCAAGGUCGUCGACCUCAGACACAUCCUCUCCAAAUCAGCAACAGCCGUCCCCGCAAAGGCAAACAAACAGGAGCUCAUAUCCAGGAUCCUCGCAAGCCCCGCUGCCCUCGCGGAGUACAAUAGCCAGCACUCCCCGGCCCCCGUCGACCAAAACGAGGAUUUGUUGGCUCCCCCAGAAGAAGUCGACUGGAACGAUGAACUGAGCGUGCCUGCCGAGUCGGCCACCCCCCUUGACACCGCUCCGGCUGCUGCUACACCCGUCGCACCCCAGGAGCCUUCUACCGCCACGGCCGCGUCACAGGCAGCGGGAGUGCCUAACUCCGUCAAUCCCUCCGAGCCAUCCACCGGGGACCCAGACCUCGAGGCACGGAGGCGUCGUGCUGAGAGGUUUGGCAUACCUCUUGUCGAGGUGAAAAAGAAAGCCACUGCUAAGAAUGCGACGCAGAAGGGUCCAGCAAAACAAGCCAAGGCUGUACCAGUUCCUGCCAUUGACCCCGAGAAACUAAAGGCUAGACAGGAGCGGUUUGGUCUACAAACACCUACCCCUCCCACUGCUCAGAAGAGGUCAGCCCCUGUCGAUCCCGUCGAAGAAGAGAGGCGGAAAAAGCGUGCCGAACGUUUUGGCAUCAAGCAAUGA